AUGCAGCACAAGGAAUUCACCCCCCUCCAGGGACAGGAGUGCAGGAAGCAGCAGUCAGUGAGGAACGCCGGCUCCAGCAUCAGCAGCAGCUCUCAUGGCAGCUUCAGUUUUCAGAGUUUUCCCUUAACAACCAUUGUAGAACAUGUCCAGACUUCUUCUUCAGCAGUUAAACUUGGGAUUCUUGGUUUUCUCUGUUUGUGUUCAGACCCACAGGAGGUGACAGUGAAACCUGGACAGGACGUCUCUCUUCUCUGUAAGGCUCCCACAGGUGGUCCCAUCUCACUGAUAGCGUGGAGCAGACCGGACCUGAAGGCUGAUGGCUACGUCUUCUUCCUCAGAGACGGUCUCCACAUGAACUACCAGCAUCCUUCUUACGUGGGUCGAGUGGAGCUGAGAGAUCCAGACAUGAAGGACGGAGACGCUUCUGUUGUUCUGAAGAACGUCACCGUCAACGACUCUGGAACAUACGAGUGUCGGGUUGGGAAGAAAAACAAACCUGAACUCAUCGGCAUCAUCAGGCUGACGGUUUCAGGCUCAGCUGGAAACAUCUCAGCUGGAGGAAACAAGGAGCAAGGAAACAAGUACAAAGGAAACACGGACCAAGGAAAAAAGUACAAAGGAAACAAGUACAAAGGAAACAAGGACCAAGGAAACAAGGACCAAGGAAACAUGGACCAAGGAAACAUGGACCAAGGAAACAAGGACAAAGGAACCAAGGACCAAAGAAACAAGGAUCAAGGAAACAAGGACCAAGGAAACAAGGAUCAAGGAAACAAGGACCACGGAAACCUUGAUGAAAGAAACAAGCAUGUUGGACUGACUGCAAGUUUGUUAGUAGUUGUUGCUGUUGUUCUGUUUUGUCUUUGA